UAUACUUAGUAGUAUUUAUUUUGACCCCCAGCUGAAUAAUUGUAUGUUGCUCAUUCAUUUCCGGACUAAAUUUCGAAGACGCCCUCUGAUCGACAGUGCUAAACAAAAAUGAUUCGAUUUAUCUUAAUUCAGAAUCGUGCUGGCAAGACUAGGCUUGCUAAGUGGUACAUGGCAUUUGAUGAUGAAGAGAAACAGAAGUUGAUUGAAGAAGUACAUGCUUUGGUUACAGUUCGAGAUGCUAAACACACAAACUUUGUAGAAUACCGCAACUUCAAGAUUGUGUACAGAAGAUAUGCUGGUCUUUACUUCUGUAUCUGUGUAGAUGUAGGAGAUAACAAUUUAGCAUACUUAGAAGCAAUACAUAACUUUGUGGAGGUGUUGAAUGAGUAUUUCCACAAUGUUUGUGAGCUGGAUUUAGUCUUCAAUUUCUACAAGGUAUACUCAGUUGUGGAUGAGAUGUUCUUAGCUGGAGAGAUCAGAGAAACGAGUCAGACUAAGGUCCUUAAACAAUUAAUGGCACUUGGGCAGUUAGAGUAAACACAAUUAUUCCAAAAUAUUAGAUUUUAGUUUUCCAUUGUGAAAUGCUUCAAAAUGUCUCCUUUACCGCUCCCACUAGCCAGGUAAGCUAUUCCUGAUCAACCAUGUAAUGUUGGAUAGUGCAUAAUGAAAUUUGAGAUUAACAGUGAGCUCUCUUAAUUCUUUCACAAAAGCAGGCAAAGAAGUUUAAAUUGAAAUUUUACCAAGGACUUUCAAUUUUCCAAAGUGGUUUCCAUAAUAAAUUGUGCCGUCUAUCCAAGUCAAUGGCUAUUAUUUUUUUUGUAGAGGUAAACUUAUCACAUUGCUAUUGUUAAUAUUCCAAUUGCUUUGUUGGUAGUUGAGAAUGCUUAAAACACAACUUUAGACUUAACUUCGAUGUGUUUUUUUAGCUCAUAUGGUUGGUGGUGUAGGGAGACAUUUUGAAAGUAGUUUGUAUCAUCCUUAAUAUGUAUAAAUUUAUAUCUGAUAUGAAACUUGUAUAGUAAGUGUAUUACUAAAUGUUGCUGUAAAUCCAUGUGUACAUAUAUUCUAUGUGAUCCAUUGUGUUUUUGUCCUGUUCAGCAAUGGACCAACUAUACCAGCCAUAUUUGUUGUAAACUCUCUUAUGUGAAAUAAGUUACAUGUUAACAACUCCACAUACAUUAAUGAGGUUACAAUGUGUUUUGUAACAUUGCAAUUUUCAGACACCGCUUUAUCCCUAUAUUUUUUUUUAAAGAUGGGGUUCCAUUGUCAGUUUCUAUCAGCAAAAAUCUGUUUUCUAACAUUGAUAAAAAUGAGUAUAUUGUAAAGUAGAACCUUUCGUUUCCAAGAAUACUAGUAAACCUGAAAAUUAAGUCACCUGCUCAUGAUCAAUGAUGCUAAUUCAAUGCUUCUGUAUACAUUAAAAUUAGUUUUGACAGGAAACGGGUUAAUAAAGUACAUUGAUCAUAUCAGGAAUUAAAUAAAUGAAAAUGCAUGGUUUUUCCAUCAGUAAAGCAAUAAGAAUCUGAUUUUCAGUCAAGAUGGCUGUAAUUUGGUUAGGGUACAUAAUGUGUAAAUGUAGUGAACUUCUCAGUAUAUGAAUUACUUGAGAAAUGUAGGUCUGCCCAUUAUAUCUACCGGUACUCAGACGUUGUGUAUCAAGUAUCACCCUAUAUCUUCUAUACAUAUUACUGCAGAGUCAGCAAUCCUGAAAUGUAAUGAACUUUGUAUUUUUUUUGUUUACUGAUAAUAAGGAAUUAUUUUCAUGACACAUAAUGUUGUCAACUUGUCAUGGAUGAAGAGGUUGACAAUGGUUGUGUAAAAUAUAUUUGUAAAGCGCUUAAAGACAUCGUCAAUGUAUUAAGCUCUAUAUAAACGCCGAAUAUAUAUUAUUAACCAGUUAACUAUUUCAACUCAAAUUGCAAGGGCUUUAAACAUGGCUGCCUUGAGCUGUGAUAUCAUCUGUUUGGAGCCAGAAGGGCACUAACUCUGUGUUAAAGCAAUCAAGUUAACACAAUCAAGUUAACACACUCUCAACACACUAUUUAAUGUAGAAUAAUCAGCAGGAGUGUUACUGAAUCAUGUGCAAAGAAGUAAUUAUGUCAUUUCAAACAGCUACCAGUAUUUCAUGUAAUUUGAACAACAUUAAAUAGUCACGCAAGUCCAAACAUUUCAUGCAUUGUAUACUGUAAAAGGUGAAUGUAAAAUAACCUAAUGUAAAAUAAUGCAAUGCAAUACGUUAUCUGUUCUAACUCUCAUUUUGACAAGAUUAGAACACAUGAUUAUGUUAUAUUGUAUUUCAAAGGUACAUGUAAUGCGAGCUAGAAAGACCCUGUUGUUCUGCAGUAUCCAGUUUAUAUUUUUAACAUACAUGUAAUAGUAUACAAAUGUGUAUUUGAUUAUUCAUGUAUACUGUAAAUUAAAUAUUGUGAUAUCUUUUAAGCAGUGAAGGCAUUAGUAAUUGUGAUUGUUCAUUCUUAUUGGCUACUCAAUAAACUGCCUUGUGCUUUGUGAACAUAU